GUAAUUUUUUUUUUUUUUUUUUGAAAAAAAUUCUUUUUAUGAUUGUAAUUUGUUUAUUUUCUUUGAGACAAUUUUUUUCCAUAUUUCGGGUUUGAUAAGGUAAUUUUGAUUGCGAAUGCCUCUGUGUGUGUGUGUGUUUUUUUCCCUCUGGUUUUGGAUGCACAAGAUUGAAUCCACUUCUCAUUCUGCUCAAAGGUGGGCCAACAUGCCAGGAAUGGGGAAUUCCUGAUCACCUUGUCUGGACUCCUCAGGAAAUGAACCUUGUUCACCAAGUAGUUAGCAAAAUUGCUUGGUGUUAUGCAGAUGCCUCUUGGUUUAUUUUUGUUAUAAAACAGAUUUGAGAAUUUGGUUUACAAACUCCUGUCAUGUGGGCUUCUGGUUAGGGAAAUUAUGGAUUUAAGAUGUUUUAGGAUUAGAUUUUUGGGUAAAAGAAAGUGUCCAAGGUUUAGGAGUUCAAAGGGAUGGAGGAGCAUUUAGUGAUUAACUGCUUACUUUUAUGUGGUCCUUCAGCUCAGUGUGCUGAACUAAUUAUUGAAGUUACAUUUGCGGUUUCAUAAGUGGUUUAAAAUGUUUUCUGUAGAUAUCUAAGAGUUUCUUCUGUUUAAUUUUCAUAAAAUAAUGCUUGAAAUUCUUUUUAUCAUUGUUAACAUAUCUAACUCUUCUGGAAUUUAGUCUUUUCCUCGAGGCAGCAAGUUAUUGAAUUUAGUCUACACACAAAAAUAUUGAGAGGAAUCUUUGGCUCAUAAGAGUGUACAAAAUCAACAUGAGCAAACAUUUAGUUUGUAAACUACAACAUGUAGAGCCUGAUGCAUCCAAGCUUGAUAAAGGUUUCUGCUUAUCUUGUGAAUAUUCUCAUGGUUUAAUUUUACCCUUGUUUGCUGUUGUCUGUUAAAUCUACCUGCACUCCCAGCAUGUCAAUGUUGUCUUGGGUCAUUCCAUUCCUAUUUCCUGGGAUUUUUUAUUGUUUCCGAGUUAGAAGCAUUGUUAUGCUUUAA